UGCUCGCUCUGGACUCUAACAUCAUCAUCGACGUCGCCGUCGCAGUAUUCUUCAUCCUUCUGAUUGUCUUCUUGGACAGAAGGUCAAGAUACCGGCUUCCGCUCCCUCCAGGUCCUACGAGGCCUUUCCUUAGCGAUAACCGGCGAGAUGUCCCGGCUGCGUUGCCCUGGAAGACUUUCACGGCUUGGCAGAAAGAAUAUGGCGAUGUUGUAUCAAUCCAGCUGGGUCGUACCCCAGUCAUCAGCUUGAACACCAUCAAGGCGGCCAUCGACUUGCUGGAGAAGAGAGGAAAUAUCUACUCAAGCCGCCCACGUCAUAUAAUCGGGGGAGAGAUCUACUCGGACGGAAUGCGUGGAAUAGGAAUGCCAUACGGCCAGAGAUGGAGGAACUGGAGAUCGGUCAUGAACACGGGGAUGGGCAUCGAAGCUUCUCAAGGUUACAAACCCCUCCAGGACGCUGAAUCCAAAAUAAUGCUCCGAGACUUAUUGAACGCCAAAUCUUCCUCGGAGAGAUCCUCCUUCGUCCGACGGUUUAUCAUAUCUGUUGUCUUUUUCGUAUCUUAUGGCAGACGAAUUUCGUCGAUGGAGGACCCUACUAUCCAGAUGAACGAGGAGAUCGAACACUGUAUUAUCGGGGCACAGAUCCCCGGAAAGCAUCUCGUCGAAUCAGGGCCGAUUUUACUCCUUCUCCCGGGGUCCCUGCAAUGGUUCCGCUGGAAAUACGACAAACAACGCGAGAGGGGGACGAAGUUCUACGUCGAGCUCAUGGAAUCUGUCAGGAAGAGGAUGGCCGAGAACACAGCCCAUGCCUGCACGUCGACCAAAGGGUUAGAGAAGCAGGAACAAUUCGGCAUGAACGACGUCGAAUUGGCGUAUGCACUGUCGUCUCCCGGGCAAGCUGGGGUAGGAACGGACUAUGCCGCGUUCCAUGUGUUCUUGAGCAUGUUCAAUUCGAAUUCCUUCAAAUGCAUGAAGCGAGCCCAAGAAGAGAUCGAUUCUGUAAUCGGCCUUGAGAGGCUUCCGGAAUUUUCAGACAUGGAGUCCUUGCCUUACGUCCACGCUCUCAUAUCUGAGGUCUUGAGGUGGAAACCAAUAGUCCCGACCGCCCUGGCGCACAGCGUCAUCGUCGACGACGUCUAUGAAGACAUGUUCAUACCCAAAGGAAGCACGAUCUACGGCAAUAUCCAGGCGAUGUGUCUGGACGAAGAGGUCUUCCCAGAGCCAAAGAAAUUCCUGCCCGAACGGUUCUUAACACCCACCGACCCACGCCUGGCGAAUUUCACGCUUUGCUUCGGGUUCGGACGGCGGAUCUGCCCUGGCAUACACAUCGUGCGCCAGUCUCUGUUUAUCACGAUCGCCAGGAUACUCUGGGCCUUUGAUAUCAUGCUUCCGAUUGGUCCUUCAGGAGAACCGAUCCUGCCAGAUGACAAAGACUUCAGUACCGGCCUGGUGAUCCAUCCAAAGCCGUUUGAGUAUAAUAUGGUUCCGCGAAGAGAUGGGAUCAUUGAAUUCUUGAAUGAAGAGGCGAGGAAGGCAGACGAGGAAGUGUUGGCGUGGUAGG